AAAACCGAGCGUCUGCUAAAAAUCAUUACGUUAAUCAAUACGUUGUAUGCCUCACACCAGUGCAGUGGAGAAAUAUGCAGCGUCUUCCACCCGGACAUUUUGGUCUAAAUUUACUGACCUCGCAAUAUGGAGCAACUUACUGUGACGGAAUGUUAUCUCAACUGCUAUAAUUAAGCCACUUUGGGCCAGUGAUAAUUAAUCAGACUCAGCGUAGACAAGGUGAGACAACCAAGCUACUAGUAGGCUUCUUUGGUUAAUAUUGUAUUCAUUUAGUAUUAGACGCCUAAGCCGAGGCUGCCAAGGCAUAUCUUUGUAUGAGAGACUAGUCAUUCAUGCAGUUUUAUAUGAGACGCUGAGCGUUCAUUGAUAUUAAACACAUAGUAAUCACGGACUGUGACGAGUGGACAGUGGAUAUGGCUACCAGUUCGCUUAUACAGGAGGAUGAAGCGAGGCUGGAAACAGAGGAAAGUGAUUUAGAACUUCGACGACCUUUUAACAGAGACAUGGAAGACAGUGAAGACGAAUCUCCGGCUGAGGAGGAAAAAUUAAAUAGCAAUACGGAAAGUAUCAUGAACUUUCUCAGAAGCAAUAUAGGACCCGGCUUACUUGGAAUGCCGUACGCAGUAUCUAACGCAGGGAUACUGGUUGGGACGGUCACUGUAAUGGUUCUCGGUAUUAUAUGUACCCACUGUAUGCACCUUCUGGCAGGAGCGGCACAGGAUAUAUGUCAGAGGCGACGUAUUUCGGAGGUGAACUACGCUGAAGCUGUGGAGAUGUCAUUUCAAGAUGGACCCGAGCCUCUUAGAAAGUUUUCCAAGGCAUCAAAAGUACUGGUGAACAUAUUACUUAUUAUCGCUCAGAUGGGGAUUUGUUGUGUAUAUCUUGUGUUUAUACCCGACCAUAUAAAACAGAUUGUAGAUAUGCAUGUGGAAAAUAACCUAUCACUGAUGUGGUAUCAAGUAAUAGUGGCGGGAAUUUUGGGCAUCUAUGUCUUCGUAAAGCAUCUCAAAACGCUGGCUUACUUCUCAGUGGACCACGUUUUCAUGCAAUACAGUUCCGUGAAUAGAUUAAAAUUUUGUGACGCUUCAGUAGGGGAAGGAGACGCGUUCUCAGUUUUGUCCACUAAAUAA